AUGGCCGAUGUAGAAACGAGCAGCGCAGCUGUCGUCGCAAACGACAACGCGACGACGGCUUCACAGCGGCGGUCCGGACGCGUUGUACGGCCUCCGACCAAGUACAUGGCCGAUGCCGUCCCGACAGCCAAGCGCAAGCGCUCGCUCGGCGACGGCCUGGCGCACAGCGACGAUGAAGCCGAUGCGGCAGAUGAGGACCUCAUGAGCCAAAACGAGGACGGCGACGAGGCAGCCGAUGACGACGACGACGAUGACGAUGACGACGAUGACGACGGCGACGAAGACGAGUCCGGAGCAAAGAGACGGUCACGCUCUCAGAGAAAAGCAAGCGCACCGCCACGGUCGGUGAAGCGCGCCGCCAAGAAACCCAAGCUCAAUGGGAGCCACGCAGCCAGCCUUCCGUCCCGGCCGAAAAAGACGGUUCGGGUUGCUGUCACCGUUGAGGUGGACGGCGAUCAUGGGAGCGAGCUCUACGCCGAUAUCUUUUCGUCCGGUGACAACAGCGCAGAUGUUGCUGCCCGAUGGUACGAGAAGUACCAGGCUGGCAACCAGGUUUCUGUUGCCGACCUGAUCAACUGUAUCCUCUCUGCUGCCGGAUGCGACCACCACGUGACAGAGGACGACAUCAAUGACCCCGACAACUGUUCCAACCGGUUGACGGAGCUACAAGAAAUAUACGAAGAUCAAAAAAUUACCGAGUAUCCAUUGAUUGCCAAGUCGCGGUCAUCCCGGUCAUUCCGAGAGCUUCUUGUGCAGUUCUUCCAGUCGAUGAUCAACGUGCUACACGACACCGAAGUUCUCUACAAACAGCCAGAACUGAUGGAGAACGUGGUCCGAUGGGUGGCAUCGCUAUCGUCAUCCACACUCCGCCCCUUUCGCCACACCGCAACGACUGUUGCCCUGGCUAUGCUUGACGGCCUGGUCGAUGUGGCCAAGAAGCUGGAUGAGCGGAUCAACAAGAUGACGCAGCAAGUUGAGACGCAGAAAGGACGGAACGGCCGGGCAAAGGGCAAGGACCCGAGACUCACAGCAUUUGAGGCCAGCCUGCGCGAAGCUGGCAAGAACCGGGAACGUGCAGCUGAGUUGAUGAAGGAGUUCUUCGACACUGUCUUUGUGCACCGAUACCGUGACGUUGAUCCGCGCAUCCGGACAGAAUGCAUCGAGGCGCUUGGCUCCUGGGUCUGGCUGUUGCCUGCUGUCUAUAGGCAGCCCGAAUACCUACGCUACCUAGGCUGGAUGCUCUCAGACGGGAACCCAGCCACUCGCCAGGAGGUGCUGCGACAAUUGGGCCGGGUCUUCAAGCGGGAUGCCGGCAAAAUGGGCCACUUCAUCGACCGCUUCCGCGGCCGCCUAAUCGAGAUGGCGACAAAGGAUGCCGACCUGGGUGUUCGUGUGACAGCUAUCGGCGUUGCAGAACAGCUCCGACCGUCAGGGCUGCUGGAUCCCGACGAAAUCGACCAGGUUGGUCGGCUUAUUUUCGACUCUGAGGUGCGGAUACGGAAGGCUGUGGUCAACUACUUUGCCGACUGCGUCCGGGACUACGCCUCGAUCAAGCUUGACGAGGUGGGUGGCGAAGAGACCAUGCUAGAGCUUUUUGGCAAGGGCCAGAACCGAACCGGGCAGCUGGACACACCCCGGCGCGACUGGAUCUACGUCAAGAGCCUAGCAGACACCAUGUACGGGUACGAAGUGCAGCUGGGUCUUGGCACUAAGAAUGCCGAGCACACUUACGGCCUGGAUGCUGCUGCGGAGGUCACUGGUGCUGUUGCUCCGGAGACAAGCCGUCUUGCCCUGGCUACGCAGGUCUUGGUGGACAAGAUUCCCGAAGUCGCAGACUGGGACAUCCUGGCUGGCUACCUGUUAUACGAUCACAGCGUGGAGACCAAAGGGCGCGGCCGCAACAAGUCCAAGACGACGGAGACGACGUUCCGGGCUGCCGUAGCGCCAGAUGAGAAGCAGGAAGCGCUGCUGCUGGAGAUCCUCACGGCAGCGGCCAAGGCGACUCUUGCCUCUGGUGUCCAGGGAGGCCGCCUCCGCAGGCGGUUUGACGGCGGUGCUCAUGCCGGCUCUUCGUCAUCGGUGGCAGCAACGGCGCAGGCAGCAGCCGACAACACAGAAGCAGCAGCGAUGCAGCUGGCGGCCUUACUGCCGAGGCUGCUUCGCAAGUUUGGCGCCGAGCCCAGCACGGCGGUCACGGUUCUGAGGCUGGAGCAGUCGCUUGAUCUCGCCGUGUUCCAGCAGCUGCGACAGGACACUUCCACGUUUGAAGUUCUCCUGGACGAGGUCUGCACGCAAUUUACGCGCCACGCCGACAUGGCAGUCGUCUCCGAGGCGGCUGCUGCCCUUCUGCACGCGCGUCAGUACGAUGAGCUUGAAGAGAUUGUGGACAGCAGGGUAUCAGCGCUAUGGGAGGCAAACAUCAAUUCGCUCCGCAACUUUGACAAGUCUUGUGAGCUCUCGGCACGCCGGAACCUCAAGGCAUCGCUGGCCACAGAGCUGUCGGUGACGCUGUUCAAGAUCAGCAAGCUUGCAUCCAUCUCCGACUGCACGGAUGUAAUGGAGGAGGAGGGAACCGGGACAGAGUCGACGUCACCGGCCAUUGACAUUCUCGUCAAAACACUACGCCGCGGCAAAUUUGAGGAAGUUGACGAGGACCUCGAUAACAUCGAGGACGGUCUGACAAUGCACGCCAUGGCAGCCUGCCAGUUCUACUUCAUGUGGAAGAUGCGGGCGAUUGUCCUUUCUGUGGAGGCAAAGGCGGACGUGCUCAGCACGACGAUCGAUCGGCUGUCCAUUCUGAAGCGUGACUUUAACCAGAAUGUGAUCCACACGUUCUCCUCGCGCGGAUACAAUGACGAUCUGCGGCUCUACGCGGUCGGUUCGUACUGCGAUAUGCACGUGCUAUUUGCCAGUCUCCGCAAGCACCUGAACGAGCCGGCCACGAUGGCCAAGUAUGUCGGUCUUGGCCGGCUGAUUGACCAGAUACCUUCGGCGCUGGUGAAGGAGCUGGUGUCGGUGCUGGACGCGGCGGAGCGGUCGUUUGCCAAGAAGAGCAAGAGGACGCUGAACGAGCCGGCCGAAGACGAGGAUCCGGCCGAGGAUCCGCUGGAUGACGAGGAUGAAGAAGAGGACGAGGAGGUGCAAGAGUCGGCAGAAGAGCGGCAGGCGGCCGAGAUGAAGGCCGAGCGAUCGCUCUGUGACCUGACCAGCCACUACGUUAUGGCCAUUGUGGCGCGGGUACUCGACAGCUCGGGCUCACAAGCGGGCAAGCUGCGGCGACGUCUGCUGCGCAACCAGACGAAGCUGGGCCACAGCUACAAGGAGAUUGUGGCGUUCCUGGACGAGAAGAAGGCCAGCGAAGUGCUGCUGGCAAACGGCCGGAAGAAGGGCGAGGCAAGGGUCACAGCCAAGGGCAAGGAGCCACAAGCGGGCGGCGUGCGUCUGACGACUCCUGGUGCUGAUGCGGAUGCUGGUGUUGAGGCUGAAGCCGAUGCUCUCGACAUGGACUUGGACAUGGAUGCCAGCGAAGACCAUGGAAUCCUGAUUGGAGCGCCGACACCGGCGGCUGAUCUGGACGACGACGAGCUGAACGAUCUGCUUGCCACGCCUGAGCCGGAAGAGGGCACGGAGGAGGAUCUUCGACGGAGAGAGCUGCUGGACACGGCGCUGGACGAGGAGGACGAGGAGGACGACGGCGACAAGGGCGGUAAUAACGACGAUGAUGACAGUAUUCUUGGGGAUUAA